UUAAAAUGUUUUACGUCAUAGGCAUACACCCAGCUGUUGACCGUAAAACCGCUACCUGGAAGACCGAGUAGCAAUCGUUUAGAAAGCAGUGUUGAUGUCAACAAGCAUUAUGUAUUCAUUCGUCUCUGUCCUGGUUUGCCUUUAUGUAGCAGCGUCCCUCAAUACGGAGGUCUGCCCACCGCCCAUACCUCCAGGCAUCCCGUGUGAAGACAACUUCCCAUUCCAGUUCCAGUUUCGUAAGAGAAAAACACUUCCUCCUGUUAUAGACUGCCGCAUAACGGGCUGUCCAUCAGGAGAACUGUGUUGUGCUGACUACUGUGUGACCAGGUACCAGUGUAUAUCUUCACAAAGCAGGCCAGCUCUAAGAUGUCCCUACCACUUCAGUUCUCGGUGUUCUUCGUCGUCUUCCGGCCACUUCGACACGUGUGCCAGCAAUAGUGACUGCAGUUAUGGGUACAUAUGCUGUACGGUGAACUGCCAGAAAAAAUGCACGCUUGGCAUACCUACUGCCAUGGCAUAGCCAGUUAGCCAGUGCCGGAUUUAUCAGGGGCCAAACGGGGCAGUUGUCCCGGGCCCCCUGCCAGAGACACCCCCCCCCCCCCCCGACUAAAUACUUCCUUUAUAAAAAUGUAUAAUAAUUA